AUGAACGCGGUUUGGUGGCAGGUGCGAAAUUUAGCUCCCUGGCUGGGGGUGGGAAAUUUAGCUCCACAUACUACCGCCGAUGACGUAAGAUUGAUGACUUUUCUUGUUGAAAAGACGAAAGAAGCCAAUGAGCCACUGGUGGCAACAAAAGUUUUCAUGGAGUUCGGUAAAAAAGAAAAUGCCAGAUGUUCGGAUGGAGCCUAUUAUCGAAAAUUCCAUAAAAAGCUUGCGCCAAACAUGGAUCAACUGGACAAUUACAGUAUUGAAAGCCGUCUCCGAGUGAUGCUUGGGCUUGCUGGAAAAGUUUCGGACGACUUUCUGACACAGUAA